AUGGUAACUGCUGUGUUUUGUGUAGUUGGUUGGGGUUCUGCUGCUUCUGCAGACUGUGCUGUUCUUGCUAGGUUGUGUGUGUUUUGCAGCUGGUUGGGUGUAGCUGUGCUGUUGGGUAUGCUACUUAACACUGGUUUGUUUGUUCAACUUGAUAUGUUCUUCUUCAGCCCUUCCGUUAAGCUGGUGCAGACUGAGCACAUUUUGACUGCUGUUGGUUUUGGGCAAAAAUUCUCUUGGAAUCAAAGGCAUUGUCGUUGUGAAAUAUAUUUAACAAUGGAUCAAAAUUGGAUGAACUUCCCUAGAGGGUCAGAAGGUUUUAAAGCUGCUUUGAAUAUUUUUCUUGAUGGUUAUUUUGCAAAGGAUGCUAUUGGAGGACAAACCUUUUGCCCUUGUAAAAAGUGUUCUAGGCGUUUUUGCCAUUCUAGAGACGUCAUUUAUGAUCAUUUGAUUGUUGACGGAUUUGUAAAGGGAUUCAGGGAGUGGGUCGUUCAAAGGGAAGCAUCUUCAUCUACAAGUAACGAUAUGUCUGGAAUUAAUGAUCAAAAUACAUAUGAUGAUAUCGAUGGUUUAUUACAUGAUACUUUUAUUGAGGUGGAAGAAGGUUUAGAUGGAGAUCAAGGUGUUCCAAGUGAGCCAAAUGAGGAGGCUAGAAAGUUUUAUAAGCUAGUAGAAGAAGGGAAGCAAGAGCUUUAUCCGGGUUGUAAAACUUUCUCAAUGUUAUCCUUCAUAAUCCGUUUAUUUCUCUUCCAGGUCCUUAAUGGCUUAAGCAAUGCGGCCUUUGGGGAUCUCUUAGAGUUAUUAAGAGAGGCGUUUCCUAUGGCUCGACUUCCAAAAUCCUAUAACGAAUCUAAGAAUAUAAUCAAGGAUUUGGGUCUUGAUUAUAAAAAGAUACAUGCUUGUCCCAACGAUUGCAUUCUUUACAGGAAGGAGUAUGAAGGAGCUGAUGUUUGUCCCAAGUGUGAAACAUCAAGGUGGAAGUCUAAGAACGUCCCUGCAAAGGUUUUGAGGCAUUUUCCUUUGAAGCCUAGACUCCAAAGACUUUUCAUGUGUUCUAAAACAGCUGAGUCAAUGGUUUGGCAUGAUAAAGAGCGAACAAAAGAUGACAAAAUUAGACAUCCAGCAGAUGCACAAUCUUGGAAGGACUUUGAUGAGACGUAUCCUGACUUUAAAAAGGAACCAAGAAAUGUUCGACUAGCUCUUGCCAGCGAUGGAUUUAAUCCAUUUCGAACUAUGAGUGUUGCUCAUAGCACAUGGCCUGUUGUGUUGAUUAAUUAUAACCUUCCACCCUGGUUUUCUAUGAAACCUGAAUAUUUUAUGCUGUCUUUGUUAAUUUCGGGCCCUAAGUCUCCUGGAAAUGACAUAGAUGUUUAUUUGCAACCGUUGAUUGAUGAACUGAAGGAAUUAUGGGAGUAUGGGGUUGAGACAUAUGAUGCAUUUAAAAAGCAAUCAUUUCAAUUGCAUGCUGCUUUAAUGGGGACGAUAAAUGAUUUCCCGGCUUACGCUAUGUUAUCUGGAUGGUCUACUAAAGGAAAUUAUGCAUGUCCUAAUUGUAACCAUGAUGUGACACCGAAAUAUUUGCCUCACAGCAAAAAAAAUUGUUAUAUGGACACCCGUAGGCUUCUUGAUGCAAGUCAUCCAUGGCGAAAGGAUAAGAAAUCAUUUAAUGGAGAAACAGAGGAUAGGUGUGGACCUUCUCCGUUAUCAGGCACUGACCUAGUAAAUGAGUUAGAGAACUUUGUAAAUGAUUUCGGGAAACCAAAGAAAGGUGGAGGAAGUAAAGGUCCAUGGAAAAAGAAACCAGCUUUUCUUCAAUUGUCAUAUUGGCCUAAUAUCAAAUGUCGUCAUAAUCUUGACGUCAUGCAUAUUGAGAAAAAUGUUUUUGACAAUAUUGUUGGCACGUUGUUAGACAUUCCAGGAAAGUCUAAGGACCACAACAAUGCGCGUCUUGAUUUAGUGGCCCUUGGCCUAAAGCCACAUCUCCACCCUUAUCUUUCUGAUGAUGGCAACCACAUGUUAUUUCCACCGGCACCUUAUACAAUGGGUAAUGAAGAGAAGGAUUUGUUCCUUAAAGUUAUUAAAGAAACAAAGUUACCUUCUGGGUAUGCAUCGAAUAUAGGGAGAUGUGUACAAGUUAAAGAAAGAAAGUUUGCUGGUUACAAAACUCAUGAUGCACACGUUGUGCUUCAUCACUUGCUUCAAGUUGCUGUUAGAAAAACAUUGCCAAAAACUGUAGCAGUACCUUUGAUUAGAUUGGGUAAUUUUUUUCGGGGUAUAUGUAGUAAAAUUGUCGAUCUUAAAGAAUUAGAUAGAUUAGCAUCUGAAGUGGUUGAUGUAAUUUGUCAAUUCGAAAUGAUAUUUCCUCCUGCUUUCUUUGAUAUUAUGAUGCAUUUACCCGUUCAUUUAGUAGAGGAAAUCAAAUUUGGUGGACCUGUGCAAUAUCGAUGGAUGUACUUUAUUGAGAGGUAUCUUGGUAGGUUGAAGUCAUAUGUCCGAAAUAGGAGUAACCCCGAAGGAAGCAUAGCAGAAGGGUAUAUGAUGGAAGAAUGCUUGACUUUCAUUUCUCGAUAUUUACGUGAAGGUGUAAACACUAGACUGGACAGAAGAUGUGCUAGGAAUUUCGGGGUGGCUGAUAGGGAUGAGGAAUCAUCUAUUUUUCCUAAGAUAGGAUAUCCUCCUGGAGGAAAAGGGAAAAGAAAAGGGAAGGGAUUUACUUUGGAUUUUCAAAGUUUGAAGCAAGCUCAUAGAUAUAUCAUCUUCAAUUGCGGCGAUGUUACAGUGGAAACUUAUAUCAAAGAACACCAAACUUGGGUGAAUAGCCAGGGUCGAAAGCGUAGAUGGGAUACCGCACAAAGUCAUAGUAGAGAUUUUAUUGUUUGGUUUCAGGAAAAGGUUCAAAUGGAACAAGUUAAUGGUGACAUUUUUUGGUUGUCUAAGGGUCCUAAUCCUAAGGCCAGGAGGUACACUGGAUAUUGUAUUAAUGGUUAUAAGUUUUACACAAGAGAGCGCGACUCAAGAGUAAAGACGCAAAACAGCGGAGUCACUUUAACAGCCUUGACUUCAAGUUUUGCUAGCUCAAGGGACCGAAAUCCUGUAGAUGGAGAUGUUACCUACUAUGGUGUUAUAGAAGAAAUUAUUGAAUUAGACUUUUGGUCUCAAUUCAGUGUUGUGUUAUUUAAGUGUGAUUGGUUCCUUGGUGAUGUCGAUGAGUGUGGGCUUACAUAUGUCAAUUUCAAGAAGAAAUGUUCCAAAGAUGAUCCUUUUGUAUUGGCUUCUCAAGUUCAACAAGUUUACUUCUCCCAAGAUCCAGUUGAAAAUGAUAUUCAGUAUGUUAUGCAGGAUGUUCCAAGAGAUCUUUUUGAUUUUGAGGAAGAGCUUAAUAAGGAAACAUAUUGGGAGGAUCCUGUUGAUUUCAAUUGUAAUGGCAUGCCUCAUGUUGAUGCAAAUGAUAUUCAUGCAAGAGCCGGUGGUGAAGUACGAUCUAUAAACAUAAGUGAUUUGUUAGAUGUUCCGGCCGAGCCUGAAGUUGACUCUGACCAUGAUGAUACGGAUUGGGAUUGGAUGCUUGCUAUUGAGGAUAUCCCGAUUCCUGAGUCAUAG